GAGUGCCUCUGUUUCCUUGCAGUAACGAGAAGGACCGGGCGAAAGCCCCCGUGAAGAAGAAAGAGGACCCGAGUGCCAUCAAGGAGCGGGAGGUCCCCCAGCAUCCCUCUUGCUUAUUCUUCCAGUAUAAUACCCAGCUGGGCCCUCCUUAUCACAUCCUGGUUGACACCAACUUCAUCAACUUCUCCAUCAAGGCCAAGCUGGACCUAGUGCAGUCAAUGAUGGACUGUCUCUAUGCCAAGUGUAUUCCAUGUAUCACAGAUUGUGUAAUGGGUGAAAUUGAGAAGUUAGGACAGAAGUACCGUGUGGCCUUAAGAAUUGCCAAGGACCCUCGGUUUGAACGCUUGCCCUGUAUGCACAAAGGAACCUACGCAGAUGACUGCUUGGUACAGAGGGUCACUCAGCACAAGUGUUACAUUGUGGCCACAGUGGAUAAAGAGCUCAAGCGGAGGAUACGAAAGAUCCCAGGAGUGCCUAUCAUGUAUAUUUCCAGGCACAGAUACAAUAUUGAGAGGAUGCCAGAUGACUACGGCGCUCCUCGAUUCUAACCUCUCCAGCCAAGCCGUCAAUGCCAGGACUCUGAGCCAGGACAAAGGGCCUUCUGGUUCCAGCCCUCCAGCCUCCUUUUUUGCUGGGACUCUGCUCAUAGGACUGACUUCAUAGCCUUGAUCUUCUGAGAAAAAGCUGCUUGGAAGGCUCUUUUUAUUUAUCCCUGUUCUGACUUGGCCUGAUUACCUAUAGCUGGGAGAAGUGUAUGGGAA